CAGUUUUAAUCGGUUAUAAUAAUGUACUCUGUGGUUACAACUAUGCUCUAUGUCUUUCUUUAGUUUAUGGUUUUAGUUUCUGUCAGUGGUUGAAGGAGAGUGAUCGGUGUCCGUGAAAAGAGAGAUAAUAAAGCUCAAAGAAUAUAAUUAUAAUAGUUUCGAUAUUCUUUCAAAUUUGACUACUAUUUACAGUAACAACAAGUAGUUACUGUUGUCUUAACACACAAAAAUAAUGUUUUGGUUAACCUAUUAAAAUACACUUACGUAAGACGAAACAGUAAUAAAAUGGGUAAUUCUGUAUCAGCUGAGGCUGGUGUGAAUUUGCCAAACAUUGGUAAUUCAAAUCCACCACCGGAAUGUCCUAUGCACCAGAAAACCGAGCCAAAAGCUGCAGAAACCAAACGACCAUCCGAAUGUCCAGUUCAGCAUGGAAAAGACAGCGAUGUCAAUCCCUAUAACAUGAUGCCACCGGCAAACCAACAGCCUGCUCCAGAUCAGCCAUUUGAACUCCCUACUCAACGCCAAGUAUCCUCAAUUCCACGUGCUAUGCCUGAUGGAUCUACUGAAUUCUGGGUGUAUCCAAGCCAACAAAUGUUCUGGAAUGCUAUGUUGCGUAAAGGUUGGCGUUGGAAGAACGAGGACAUCAAACAGAAAGAUAUGGAAGACAUAAUUAAAAUACAUAAUGCUAAUAAUGAACAGGCUUGGCAGGAGGUCUUGAAGUGGGAAGCGCUACAUGCCAAAGAGUGUGGUCACCCAAGACUCAAGAGCUUUGGAGGUAAAGCUUCAGAUUACAGUCCAAGGGCUCGCAUUAGGCACUGGCUUGGAUAUGAAUUGCCCUUUGACAGACAUGACUGGAUUGUUGACCGAUGUGGAAAAGAGGUCCGUUAUGUUAUUGAUUACUAUGAUGGUGGUGAAGUUGACAACCAGUACCAGUUUGCACUGCUUGAUGUCAGACCUGCUCUUGAUUCUUUUGAAAAUGCUUGGGACAGAAUGAAAGUUAUGUAUAUGAGAUAUCGCUAUGAACUUAUUGGUUCAAAAGAAAAUACAAAGUUAACUAAUUAGAUGUAGUACAUUAUCAUGUGUGUUGCAUGUACUUAUUACUAUUAAAGUAUUUAUUUUACUGUGGGGUUCUUCUGUCGACAAGAGUUUGUCACUGUGGAAACUCUUUGUGAUUAAAUUUUAUUUAAAAAUAAAAUUCACAGUUACAUACCUGUUGUCUAAAUUUGGACUUCAUAAAAAUGCAAGAUAUGAAUUAGAAGUAUUCAGUAUACACUUUAGUGAUUCAAAAACUAUCUAUAGGCUAGAAUACCCACAUAAACAAUGUAGGUAAUUUAAAAAAAGUUAUAUAGUUAUAUACUUCAGGUAAAAUUGCUUACUUAAAGAAUAUUGUAGAUACUAUUUCUUAGAAAGUUAUCAUAAACUUUGCUAAGAAUAACACCUGUAUGGAUACAAAGUAUUAAUAAGGUUUU